AUGUCUUCUUCACAAGUUAAAUGGGAUUGUUCUCAAUGCGGAUAUGCUCCAAGUGAUCGUCGUAAAUAUUGCAGUGAAUGUCACUCAAUGUUAACGUGGGCAUGUACUGCCUCAGGAAGGUCUGGCCGGUAUACGCAUUAUUAUCGUCAUCGUGACAAUUGUAGUUAUUGUACACCAGAACUUGAAGAAGAAAAACAACACGAAAUGGAAGAGAAACAGCAACAACUUCAGGCUUUAGAUAAUAAACAACGUCCUUGGUCCGAAUGGAGACGUACGAAUGCAUCUUGCAUUCAACAUACUGGAUAUGACGUCGAACAAGUACAAGAAUUGUAUUCUAUGUGUGAAGAGCCACUUGUAAAUUAUUGUUCCCAUAAGGACUACCGGCUUACAUACAGUGCUGCUACCUCUUAUUUAUCUCCUAUGAAUAUGCUUGUUGUUACACUAUGGUACUUGAAACAUUAUCAUUCUGAACGAUAUAUUUCUUCGGAAUUGAAUUUAAGUCAAGCAGCAGUGAAUUAUUUAUUGUCAACAGUUGUGGAUAUUUUACACUCGUGUGUAUAUCCUGAAUUAAUUUCAAUACCUACUAAUCUAUCUAGUGGUAAAACACCACACGGACCUCAACAACACCAUAAACUAAUAGUCGAUUCGACUUUUAUUGCAAUCCCUGAACCUUAUGAUUCAUAG